CUUCCCGUGGUGCCUCGGUGGCUCAAAGAUGGCGGCCGCCACACUGCAGCUUUAUAUGGAGUCGAUCCGCCGGGAGUUGGAACUUCAGGACCCGAGUGCGCUCGGACUCGUCGUGGCGCUGGUGACGGUGCUGGUUACCAUCGUUCUUUUUGUCUUGUUGCGGAGCAGAAAAAGCAGUCGCCGAGCAGUGCUUCUGGCUGGUUUGUGUGAUUCUGGGAAGACUCUCCUGUGCUGUAGAUUAUUGUCUGGAAAGUUUAAGGUGACACAUACAUCCAUAACCAGUAACUCUGCAUUGUACAGGGUUAGAAGUGACAAGGGCCCAGCCGUUGCUUUAUUUGACCUCCCUGGUCAUGAGAGUCUGCGUCUUCAGUAUCUGGAGAAACACAAGGGUGAUGCCAGAGCCAUUGUUUUUGUAGUGGACAGUGUGUCAUUUCAAAAAGAAGUGAAGGAUGUAGCUGAGUUCCUCUACAUGUUGCUGACUGAUGCUGUGAUUGUGAAGAAUGCACCUCCAUUCCUAAUAGCCUGCAACAAGCAAGAUGUGACCAUGGCCAAAUCUGCAAAAUUAAUCCAGCAGCAAUUGGAAAAGGAACUCAACACUCUGAGGAUGAUUCGCUCUGGUGCGCCAAAGUCUCUGGAUGGAUCUGGCACUGGGGGUUUGGUGCCUUUAGGAAAGAAGGGAAAGGAGUUUGAUUUCUCCCAGGCACCGAUGAAGAUUGAGUUUGUUGAGUGCAGUGCCCGAGGGAGCAAAGGGGACAAAGGCGAAGCAGACCUUGGAAUUGUGGAAGCGUGGCUUGUUAAAGUAGCGUGAGCAAUGAGAUGGUGUAAAAAUGGAAGUCAUGUCAUGCUGCCAACAUGAGAGAAUUAAUUCAUGUACAGACUUGCAACAAAAGUGAAACUGUGACCAAGGAUCCAAAAGUUAUGUUUUUAAUGCUGAAGGUUUGAACAGAUGCAGAACCCCGGCAGCACAAUAUUUGCCAUGGCUGUCUUGAGCUGAGCUAGCUUGAUACCUCCUAGAUUUACGUGUUCAGGUUCCACAGCUAGGAUAUUGAUGUGAGCAGUGCUUUUCGUGUUGCUUAUGUUGCUGAAUUGGCAGCACCACUACCUUGUCUGUUCAUAAGCAAAUAAAGUAAUGGAUCUAAA